CGCGCUACGGGAACCGCUGCAUUACUCAGCUCGCCUUUGCCCUCGCUUCCUCUUCUCCCCGGAACUCCGACGGACGAAUCUUACGUCCGUCCUUCCAUGGCCGCCUCUCGAAACAAGCAGCAACCGCCAAACCCGCGCUGACCGACGACACGUACAGUGCCAUACCAUCUUUUUUCUUCUCCUGCCUCCACUCCACAACUUGCUUCUCAGGCUGCAAAGGUUGCUGGGUUUGUUUCCAUUGCUCGAAACCGAGUGCACCCGGGGUCCCUUCUUAUCACCUGCGCUUACCCGUGAUUCCGGACCGCCUGGGUGGCGCAACCUUCUGUUCGGACGAAUGUACCGCAAGAGCUAGGCACAACCAUCCCGUGAGAGUGGAACACACGACGCGCCCAAGAUGCCCAAGGAGGAGACGCUGCCGACGCGCAAGAAGAUGCGUAAGGGCACGCAUAGUUGCUUUGAAUGCCGUCGCCGCAAGAUCAGGUGCAUCUUCCAGUCCGACAAUCCAGACGUGUGCUCGGAAUGUUUUGCGCGCGGAAGCAGGUGCAUCGACCAGGAACAUGCCAAUCCCGACAUUAUUGUAGAUCACCGAAAGAACCUGCGUGAGAGAGUCUCGCGCCUAGAGGCCCUGGUUGAUACGUUGCUGGAAGAAAAAGCAGUCAAGACGGAAAGCCGGAGCCAGAGUCACAGCGUCGCCGACACAGCAUCACCAAACGCAUCCAACAACUGCACAAAAGACACCUUCCCCCCGACACCCCUCUCCUCACGAGCAUCGUCCAACAUCUUCACCAACCAACGCGUUGUCUCUGACCGGGGCCAUCAUGUACCCAUGCUUGCCGUCUUCGAAGAUGCACUCAACGAUGCUGAAGCCCAGGCAAACGCCCGCAAGGAUCCCUUGCAGCAGUCAUCAAUACCAAAUCCCCUUCAUUCGGAAGAGCUGCGAUAUACAAUAGAAAACAGGAACGAUGAAGAUAUUGCCACUGGCCAUCCUGGCGCAAAUUCCACCAAGCAAGAACGCGCUAAACAGGCCCUCAUCGCCGCACUACCGCCCUACAACCAGCUCUCCAAGAUUCUCAACACCAACAGCGACUGGUGGGAAACAUGGCGCCGCAAGUGUAGCGGAACAUCCGGGCCUUCACAAUCACUGUCUCAAUAUGCUGCCCAGGCCCUGACAACCGGAAACGUGGGUGCCAUUGCCACUGUCGUCUUGUCAGUUGGCAUCUGCUUGUCCGAGGAUGGUGAAGACGUCCAACGUUACACUGAGGCGGUUGACAAAUGGUUCCUGUCCGACGAUGAGUAUGGGGCAACGCUCGAAGGGCUCGAGUGUCUGCUCCUCAAGUCCAAAUGGUAUGCCGAUGUGGGCCAACCACGCCGUGCUUGGAUCGCAUACCGAAAGGGCCUAAUGUACGCCCAGCUCAUGGGGCUCCACCGCAAGCGCACAUCCUCGGUGCCUCACGAAAGUAUAUGGUGGGCUCUGUACCAUGGCGACCGCUUCUUAUCCCUUCUGCUAGGUCUUCCAUAUGGUAUCAACGAUGCCCAUUGUGACCUCACCAUACCUGAGGUUGACAAUAGCCCAUAUAUCCACCCCUUGACAGCCAUCACAAAACUCUCACAGCUUGCAGGCAGAGUAAUUGAUCGCAACCAAGGAAUAGCUGAGCAGUCGUUUGCAUGGGCCCUGCAGCUUGACCAAGAGCUUGAAGAUCUAUGGAAGAAGUUCGAUCCAUCAUGGCUCGACUAUACAGAGCUUCUUGCUGACUCGGAAUCCAACGCUGCAGAGUUACGGGAACGCAUCAUGGGCCAGAUGGUCUUCCACCAGAUCCGUGUAUACCUACACCUGCCGUUUAUGCUCAAGUCGGCAUCAAAUUCGCGCUUCACCUACUCGCGCACGGCGUGCUUGAACAGCUCGCGGGAGGUUCUGCGCCUCUACCAAUCGUUGCGAACUGGCACCGUGCAGCCCCUCUAUGAGUGCAAAGCCAUCGACUUUAUCGGCUUCACAACGGCCGUCCUCAUCCAACUUGGUCUGCUCAGCAUGAGCUCGCAAGGAACCUCUGCCAGCUCUAACCCUAGCCCCAAGGAUAUUGAAGACGACAUCCGCCUGAUUGAAGUCAGCAUCGACAUCUUCCGCCGGGCUUCGAGCGAGAAGGGCGGCAAGGUCGCCGCACAAUCUGCAGAAGUCCUGGACAAGAUGAUGGCCAAGUACAAGGGCACUAGCAACGACCUAGACGAAACGUGCAAUGCACAGUCGAAUUUUGUGAUUCCAUACUUUGGUACCAUCUCCAUCAAACGAGGCGGCCAACCAGUCAAGAAUCCUCCCCAACCCCCAGGCUGCUCGCCCAGCAUCAGGGGCUCAAAAUCCCCAGCUACCUCACAACACCUGUACACGCCCACAUCCGAGAGAACAACAUCCACGUCUAAUGUCUUCUCGCACCCCACGCAAUCCGUCAACGUCACGCCCAAGACGUCCAUCUCCGCCGGCACCGGCACCACAAGCUUUGGUUUCAACGACCCCUCGCCCUUUGUCUCGUACGUCGGCUUCUACAACUGGAACAACCUCAACGGCGACGACGCAUCCACAACAGGCACCACACAGGGCUUCGGCUCCCAGCUCAACGACGACAGUCUCAACAACUUCCCGCUCCCCACAAACAACUUUUCCUGGCAACACAUGCCCAUGGACAUUGACCAGGAUUGGUCGUGGUUCCUCAACGAUGCACAGACCACUCAGGGUAUGCCCACGGCCACUCCCGUCCAGGCCGUCACGCUCGACGCUCUGAAUGCCCAGGGCUUUACUGGCUUUGGCUAACCAAUACCGAGUACCACAAUAACAACAAUAACAACAACAAAAGAAACUUUGUAUACAUAUGCAAAAAGGCGAUUGCUUGAUUGCUUGUUUGCUUGUUUGCAGCGAUUUCUCUUUUUUUUUUAAACCACGUUUGAGGCUUACAUGCUUGUUGUUUUCGACAACAUUUUGGCCUUUCGCUUAAACUUACCCAAGUGUAGUCGCGGCGGGGAAACGAAGGAAACGGCCGGAUUCAAUGGGUGGAUGGAUUGUAUCAUUAGCAACGCAUCACUCUCAUUGUUCUCUUUUUUUCUUCUCUUUUCUUGUUGUUGGCUUUCUCUCUCUCUCUCUUUUGUUCUGGAAGCAUUCGGGUGUCCCAGCAUUCUAGAUUCAGCUUUUCUUUUUUUUU